AUGCCAUUCGUACAAGCAGGCUCCCAUAGCCUACACUACACGGAUUCCCACCCGACCGGGGCACCGACACCUUCCGGGCUGACCUUCAUUUUCAUCCAUGGCCUGGGCUCCUCGCAAAAUUACUAUUUCCCCGUCAUUCCACAUAUCACCCCGAAGCACCGCUGCAUCACCAUCGAUACCUACGGCGCCGCGCGCUCCCCGUACACCGGUGAUACGGUCUCGAUCCCCGGUAUCGCGGAGGAUGUUAUCGGUGUGCUGGACGCGCUGAACGUAGCCCAGGCGGUGGUUGUCGGCCACUCUAUGGGUGGGCUAGUCGUGAUCGAGCUGGGGGCCAGAUAUCCGGACCGUGUGCUGGGCGUUGUGCCCAUUGGGCCGACCCAUCCGUCGGAAAUGUUGGUGUCGGUUAUGGGGAAGAGGGCGGAGACGGUGCUGGAAGCCGGAAUGGAACCAAUGGCCAAUACCAUCCCCUCUGCCGCCGUCGGAUCCCGCAGCACCCCUCUGCAACGCGCCUUUAUCCGCGAACUGCUUCUAGGCCAGUGCCCCGAGGGCUAUGCCGCUCUCUGUCGCGCUAUUGCCAGUGCGCAGGUUCCAGACUAUGCUGCAGUUCGUGCGCCGUUCCUGCUUAUUGCGGGUGAGGAGGAUAAGUCGGCGUCUAUGGAAGGGUGUCAGUAUAUUUUUGAGCACGUGUCGAGUCAGAGCAAGUCGAUGGAGGUUUUGGAGGGGGUUGGGCAUUGGCAUUGCAUUGAGGCUCCCGAUGAUGUUGGGAGGUUGAUUGCGCAGUUCGCUGAGGGUAUUGUCGCUUAA